UGUUGAGGUCGAAGUACAAAGAAUAGGGCUGUACACAAAAUGUCAAACACACGGCAAAGGAAACCAACUCCAGUUAAAAUACAGACGACGCCCCAAAAGGAAGAAGAGAUACAAGUGUUGAGCACUGAUGCAGGCAAGGGAUCUGGACCAGUCUUACCAUGCUGGCUAUGGAGACUGAUACUACUCUGUGUAAAGGUGACCUUGGGAUUUUUGUUUUGUUUGCACGUACUCACCCCAGUGCUUAUCCUGACAAAUCCAUGGAUACAGUCCAAAGCUGUGUUCCUCAAUAACUUCCGGUGGCCUCCAUUUAUAGAUGUUACAAAGCCAGACGAGUUUGGUCUAGGACAUUCUGUCAGGAACUUCUACCUACAGGUGGAGGAGCACAGCAGGGUGGGAGUCUGGCAUUUGAUUCCCCAAUCAGAAGUUGCAUCUGGAGUUGAGUUCAACCAAUAUGAAGACUUGCUCAAGGAUGGUAAACCCAUCUUCCUUUAUCUCCACGGAACGUCGGGGUCAAGGGCUGGUUGGCACAGAGUGCAGCUGUACAAACUUUUGGUUUCCAUGGACUUCCAUGUCAUAGCAUUUGAUUAUAGAGGCUGGGCAGACUCAGUUGGGGUUCCGACCGAGGACGGGGUAGUGGCAGAUGGUUACUUUAUGUACAAGUGGAUUAAACAACGGAGUGGUAACACACCUGUGUACCUCUGGGGACACUCCCUCGGUACCGCAAUAACAACUAAACUGGCAAAGAUGCUGUGUGAGAAAGGUGAGGAACCUCUGGGUGUGGUACUGGAGUCACCAUUUACCAAUAUCAGGGAAGCUGCCUCGAAACAUCCAUUCACAGCACCUUUCCGAAUGUUGCCUUGGUUUGAAGCAGUUUUCCUGGACACCAUUGAUCAGAACAACAUCAGUUUUACCUCUGAUAAAAACAUUGCACAUGUGACAACGCCUCUCCUGAUAAUGCAUGCAGAGGAUGAUAAAGUAGUACCGUUUGAGCUGGGGAAAAAGCUGUAUAGCAUUGCAUCAGAGACACGCCCUACCAACAGUGGCCCACUCGAGUUCAUCUCCUUCAAUGCCAGCUAUGGCUAUGGACACAAACUCAUCUUCAUGGCUCUAGAACUGCCCAAUAUUAUCAGAAAAUUUGCAGACACAUGUGAAGGAGAAAGGACACAAACUGGCCAGGGAAUGCUGUAGACAAUGAUGCCUACAUUACCACAUUAUAUGGCGAUUAGGUGUGACCAAAGUUGUUACAUAGUUGGUAUAACGACAGAGGUACAGUGACAAUCUAUAUCCACCCAAACUGGACAAGACCUAAACAGAGAACAACUGUGUUUUAUAUAUACACAUGUAUAUCAUGUUAUACUAACAGAUAUUUUUCUAAUGUGUCAUAUGAUAUUAUGAUGUUGAUCAGUGAUGAAAGAAACAUCAUUUUAUGGUAAAGUGUUGGUAAAUCAUGGUUAAAUUGGUGUUUGAUUUACAGACAAUCAAUGUUGUUUGGCGUGGCACUCAGACAAAAAAACACCCGAUUAGUUGUCACUGCUAUUAUUUCCAUGAAAUAUGUCCACUGUAUGUUUGACAAUCUGUUAAAAUUAAGGCUCAUCAACCUAGGCCUAAUGCAUUUUUUAACAUUUUUUUUUUGCAAAUGAAUUAGAAUAAGGACAAAAUUAAACAUCAUAAAGAGUUCCAUAAAAAGUUAGUAUGAGAAAAAGGAUUAACAACAGGUGUUUGGUUAGGGCAUGUUUGAUACCAAACUUGUGUUUUUGAUUUUCCUGAUGUUUCUUUAUGGUUUGAGUAGGUCAUAUUGCCCAUUCUUGUAUCUACUUCAAAUAACUGGCAUCAACUGGGGAUGUAUUAAGUUAGUGUUGUCCAGAUUUCCAUUGUUUUAUUGUAAAAUGCCAUAUGUUAUCCAGAGCUCCUUUGUUUUAUCGUAAAAUGCCAAGUGUUAUUCAGAUUUCCUUUGUUUUAUUGUUAAUGCCAUAUUUCCGUGAGUGUAUAAGCUUAGGAUUAAUUCUGUUAAAUGUUUGUAGAAAUAUGUCUGUGUAAACCCAUCCAGGCCUUAGGAUUAGUAAUAUCCUCCAUGUGCUGCUUUGGCGUGCAUUUAGUGUAGUAAUUGUUUGUUUACCUCAGGUUUAUUAACAUAUUUAUGACUUGAUUUUCUCUUUGGCAUGUUGUGGGAUGAUAAAGACUGUUUUUGACAGGUCUGGUGUUGAAACGGACAAAAAGCAUUGUUUCAGAAUUUUUGAUAUUUUCCAUUAUGAUAUAACUAUUGAGAGACUAUUUGAUACCUUGCCUUGUUUACUUGUAAUUAACACAGGUAAUACACAAUCUCCCUGAAGGUACUGGCUGUACCUACAGCCACCUUCAGAUACCAGAUAUUAAUUACAUUUUGUAAAUUUUAUCUUUUUAGUAGUAAAUAUUUCGUGUUUUUUGCCUGUUUUCAAUGAUCUCUUUUAUAUUAUGUGUCUGUCGUUGUGAAGUGUAGAAAUUAUUUAUUUGUUAUAUAAUGGUAUUGGAUCUGUUACAGGGUUUUACUUAAUCCUCUAGAGCUUACUUUGAUUUCCUGGAAUUAGUUUUGACUCGUGUGUAACUAUUUUUGAUAAGAUUUGGUCCUUCUGAUUGUAACCUUUACAACAUUUAUAAAACAAGUUCUUCCACCUUGUAUUGAUCACACAUUUUGGCCCACAUAGAAAGGCACGAGGAGUGUUAUUGGGCAGGAAACGGAGUACCCAGGGAUAACCCAUGUGGUCGGGCAGGUGACCUGAUACUUUUUCACAUUCAAUGAUUGGAGAAUUGAGCCCUGACCGCCGAGGUGAAAGGCAAGUUUGUUACAGCUGUGCUUUCCGAGCCCCACUCGAUUUGCUCUCUUCUCAGAAGAGAAGCCUUCUAAGAAGAUCGUAUUCUGUUAUAUGUAAAUCGAGUAAACCGGUAGAAUAUAACCCAAA